UGUCACCGGCAGCAGCAGUUCUUUUUUUAACCUCCUCUCUCACACAUCAUCAGACGGAGCGUUUGUUUGACCUCUUCAGACUUAAGAUGAUCGACGCUGUGAUGGACGCCGUGCAGGGCUUUGGGGUGAGCAGCACCCGCUACCUGCAGACUAACUAUAAGGAUGCUCAGGGCUUGUUUCUCUGGGUCUCCUGGGCGGCGGACCUCAGGAACACCUUCUUCAUCUUCUUCCCACUUUGGUUCCACCUGCGGCCCUCAGUGGGCAUCAAACUCAUCUGGGUGGCUGUGAUUGGAGACUGGCUGAACCUGGUGUUUAAAUGGAUUCUGUUUGGGGAGAGGCCGUACUGGUGGGUCCAUGAGACGGCUCAUUACACAGAUGCUGCUCGCCCUCACAUCGACCAGUACCCAAUGACCUGUGAGACCGGACCAGGCAGCCCUUCUGGCCACGCUAUGGGAGCUGCGGGGGUUUACUACACCCUGGUGACCUCCAUCCUCACCAUCCUGAUCAGCAGCAACAAACCCUCCAACAGUAACUGGUAUCUGAAGACUCUGCUUUGGUCCCUGUUCUGGGGGGUCCAGGUGUGCGUCUGUCUAUCCAGGGUCUUUAUUGCAGCUCACUUCCCUCAUCAGGUCAUCGCUGGAGUUCUUACAGGUAUGAUUGUGGCCGAGGUCUUCAACAGAACCAAGUGGAUCUACGGUGCCAACAUGAAGACCUACUUCUACAUGACUCUCUUUUUAACCUCCUUUGCUGUUGGUUUCUACCUGCUGCUCAAAGCUCUGGGUGUGGACCUACUGUGGACCCUGGAGAAGGCUCAGAAAUGGUGCAUCAGACCUGAAUGGGUCCACCUGGACACCACACCAUUUGCCAGCCUGCUGCGUAACAUGGGCACCCUAUUUGGUCUGGGUCUGGGCCUGCACUCGCCGCUCUACACCGAGACCAAAAAGAGUAGCAGCCCAUUGGUGCGGGCAGGAUGCAUCGCCAGCUCUCUGGUCCUGCUGCACCUGUUUGACUCCUUCAAGCCGCCCACUCACACCGCUGCCCUUUUCUACCUGCUGUCCUUCUGCAAGAGUGCCACUGUGCCUCUGGUCACUGUCAGCAUCAUCCCAUACUGUGUUAACAGAGCUCUGAGCCUGCAGAACAAAAAGGGAGUGUGAGCAGCCUGUAUGGACAGAAACAUUCUAACUGCACAGACUCUUCCUUGUUUUGAUGAUAAAAACACUUUAUUUUGGUGCUUAAUGCAUUUAGGAGACGGCCUGGCUCUUAAGAAAAGCCUUGAGGUGAACCAGAGACUGUCGGUUGUGUCAUUUAGACACGGGACUCUGAACACUGAGUGAAACCACUGUCCAGGAUGAUUGUGACUUGAGUCAGAGAUGACAACAAUCGUUGUUCUGGAGGAACAUGCACGAGUGUAAAAGUGACUGCUUGUGCCUGAGCUUUGAUAGGUUAUUUCAAUUGUCAAUUUAAUGUAUUUUUGGAAGUAUUUUUGAAAAGCUUUGGAAUAUUUUUUAAAUAAAACCUGUGAAAAAGCA